CUCAUCACCACUGCCUCUUAACUCGGCUCGGACGACGACGACACGGCGACGACGGCGACGACGGCAAGCACGAGCACCAGAACGCGCACACGGCGCACACGCCAAUACCCUCAAAACAUCGCCAGACCUGACGACUCGCACGACACCACUGCUUCUUAUCAUGUCCCGCUCCUUCUCCUCCUUGGCAGCGCUCACCUCGCUCCGCGGGCUGACACUGCGCUCCGUAACGCCGCUCGCAAGACCGCAGCAGCUCCUGCCCCGCCGUCUCCCCUCGAGACAACUCCACACCUCGCCGGCGGCGCGCGCGACCAACCCGCCGCCCCAGUCGCCGCUCGUGCCGCGUAACUAUGGCGGAGGGGGCGGUAGCGCUGGAGGCAGCGGUGGGCAGAGGCCGAGCGCUUAUGGCGUGUGGUACCGCGAAAUCUUCCCAGCCAUGAUCCCCAUCUUCGUCCUCUCCACGACAAUUUUCCUCGCUCUCUCCCUCCUCCGAACCCACCUCUCCCACUCGCGUUCUCUCGCCGAGUCGUCAGAGCGUAUCGUGCAGCUUGAGGCGCAGCUUGCGCGCCUGCGUGCAGAGAGCAAGCGCCGGCAGGAGCGUGAGCGGCGCGAGCGCGAGCGUAUCCUGCCUAUUGUCGUCGAGCGCGUGCUCCAGCGCGUCGGCGCCAUGGGGCCCGAGGAGGAGAUCGAGGUCGAGGAAGAGCGGCUUCUGGUGUGAUGUGCAGGUGCAUGUAUGUGGCUACGAGUGGA